GAGGCUGGGUCUGGGAAAGACUGACCCAAAGGGAUGAAGCCAAGGGAGGGGUGAAAGGCUGCGGAUGGGGAAGAGAACUGUCAGCCUUGAAAGAGGAUUGGGAAGGCAAAUUAGAGGGGGAGGCACUGGCCAGCGAAGGUCCGAGCCCUCGCCCCUGGCUGGGGGCACAGAGGGAGGGGACCGUGUCCAUAUAAGGCAGGUCAUUGGCGCGGCUCUCUCCGAAAGCGCGGGCAGCCCACCGUAUUCCCACGACUGGGCGCAGCGAUAUGGAGCCGCCCGCAGCUUUCUCUGGCUUUCCCGCCCCGCCCUCGGUCGCGCCGUCGGGGCCGCCGCCGUCGCCGCUCGCCGGAGCCGAGCCCGGGCCGGAGCCCGAGGAGGCGGCGGCGGGCCGCGGGGAGCCGGAGCCUGCGCCGGCGCCCGGCCCGGGCCGGCGGCGGCGGAGGCCCCUGCAGCGCGGGAAGCCGCCCUACUCAUACAUCGCGCUCAUCGCCAUGGCGCUGGCGCACGCACCGGGCCGCCGCCUCACGCUGGCCGCCAUCUACCGCUUCAUCACCGAGCGCUUCGCUUUCUACCGCGACAGCCCGCGCAAGUGGCAGAACAGCAUCCGCCACAACCUCACGCUCAACGACUGCUUCGUCAAGGUGCCUCGCGAGCCGGGCAACCCGGGCAAGGGAAACUACUGGACGCUCGACCCGGCGGCCGCCGACAUGUUCGACAACGGCAGCUUCCUGCGGCGCCGCAAGCGCUUCAAGCGCGCCGAGCUGCCCGUGCUCCCGGCCCCGCCGCCGGCCGCCGGCCCGCCGCCCUUCCCCUACGGGCCCUACGCUCCCGGCCCCGGGCCCGCGCUGCUCGCGCCGCCGCCCCCGGCCGCCCCCGGCUCCGCGCCGCCCGCGCGCCUCUUCAGCGUCGACAGCCUGGUGAGCCUGCCGCCCGAGCUGGCAGGGCUAGGCGCCCCCGAGCCGCCUUGCUGCGCGGCCCCCGACGCCGCCUUCUCGCCCUGCACCGCCUCCCCGCCGCUCUACUCACCGCCGCCCGACCGCCUGGGGCUGCCCGCGACGCGCCCCGGCCCCGGCCCGCUGCCCGCAGAGCCGCUGCUGGCCUUGGCAGGGCCGGGAACCGCGCUCGCCUCCCUCGGCCCGGGGGAGGCCUACCUGCGGCCGCCGGGCUACGCGCCUGGGCUGGAGCGCUACCUGUGAGCCCCCUUCCCAUCGGCGGGGGGCAGCCCGGGCCCCUCUUCCUCAGGAAGGGGCGCUGCUUGGGAGCCCCAAUCUCUGUCUCCGUGCCUUAGAGCGCACCUCGGAGCUCCCCAGCUCUGCCUCGUGGACUGAGCACACCUGUUUCACCCGCCGCUGUCCCUCAUCCCCGGGGAACCUCGCAGCAUCUCUCCACUGGAUUAACCCCCCACCCCCAUCCCGAAUUGUAAGGCCUGCUUUUCUUCUCCCUCCACUGUGAGCCCUCAUCUGUGCAUGCCCCCGACCCCUGCACUAUUUUGGGUCCCAUGUCCGGGGACCCUGGAGCACCACCUGUGAGCCACCACCUCGAAUUUCUGGUGAAUUUCAAGCCUUUGGAAGUCAGACCUUCGAUCUCAAACUGCCUCCCAACUGGUCUUUAACCUCACCUGGGUGUUUUGUUUUUUUUUUUAAUAACACAUUAGAGGCCAGACUCCUAGGUCUGUGACUCCCUGGCUGUUAUCCUUUCAUUCCCCCCACAAGCUUGUCCCCCACUCCCACUUACCUGUCCGUUCCGUUUCCUACUGAGAGAGCACUCCCCUUUGACACAGACUGGAACCUGGCUGAGCUCCUCCAGACCCCAGGAUAGCUCUUCAUUUCUGAGACAAGCAACACCAGGGACUCCUUGACUUCAGGAAGAGUUAGUGGGCUGCCCCAUCAUCUGAAAAACUUGAGACUUACUAGAUUAUUAUUAUUUUAAUUAAAACUAGUUUAAUUAAAAAGAAGAAACUUUC